AUGUCAAAAAGAAAGGCUGAGCUGGUUGGUCAAUCAGACUGCAAAAGGCCAAAAGAGUCAGAGCACCAUAGACAGCAAAGAUUGGCAGACAGAAGGGACCGUGCUGCUGUUAAACGAAGGGAUGAGUCAGUGGAAGACAGAGAAAAAAGAUUAUCCGUCAGAAGAGAGCAAGCAGCAAGAAGACGGGCAAUAGAAAAAGAAAAGAAACAACAAUGUGCAGAGAUGUUGGAAAAGGGGAAGGAGCAACAGGCUGCUGAAGCUAAUCAGGAAAGGCAGAUAAGUUUGGAAGUAACCAAACGGUAUGCUGCCAAUAACCGUGCUGCUGAAUGUGAAGAGGAAAGGCUGAAGAGGUUAGAAGAAAAAAAGCAGCAUGAAGCCAAAAAACGUGCUGCUGAAUGUGAAGAGGAAAGGCAGAAGAG